AUGACCUCCACCUUCUUAUUCCUGCUGUACCUUGGGCUGUGUCUGGGCCAGCAAAUGAGGACACAGGCAGCAGACACACUCCCCAAACCCUCCCUCAGGGCAGAAAAUGGUUCUUUGGUGCCCCAAGGGAGAACUGUGACCCUCAGAUGCAGGGGAUCACAGGAAGCUGAUCUGUACCAUCUGGAGCAAAAGCUAGGAAAUGCAAGGCCUGAGGUCAAGGAUAUGACCAUAGUUGGAAUGGAGGCCAAAUUUUCCCUUCCUUAUGUGACAUGGUACCAUGCAGGGACCUACUACUGUCGCUACAGACACUCAUUGGACUGGUCAGAACCCAGUGACCCCCUGGAGCUGGUGGUGACAGGCCUCUAUACCCAGCCCUCCCUGGCAGCCCUGCCCAGCUCUGAGGUGGCCUCAGGACAGAACGUGACCCUGCAGUGUCAGUCACAGCGAUGGCUUGACUGGUGUGUCCUGUACAAGGAUGGAGAAGAGAUCAGCCGUGGCAGGACCCGGAGCCAUGAAGGAGGGCGUCAGGCUGACUUCUUCUUCCCUGCUGUGAAUUCUACCCACGAUGGCACUUACCAGUGCUACAGCUUUCGAAAUUCUUCCCCUAAUGCAUGGUCAGCCUCCAGCGACACCCUGAUGCUCAGGGUCACAGGUGAGGCAGCCCCAGCCCCGCCCAGCCCCCCAGCUCUCCUAAAUGCUGCUGCCCUGGAUUACCCUAUGGGCAAUGUGUUCCACCUCAUCUUGGCUGGGCUGGUCCUCAUCAUCCUGGAGGUCCUGCUGACUGAGAACUAG